CCAACCAACCCAGCCAGCCGCGUCGCCGCCGUCUCCGUGACCGUGACCGUGAGUGACGAAGCUCGCUCGCAGGCGCAGGCGCAGAGAGACACCACCGUCACACACCCAGCACAGCACACACACACACACACACACUGAUGGCUAAUCAACUGAGCUUGCUGUGCAGCUGGCCCCCAUGUGACUGUGUUGUCAGCCACUGACGACUGCGCUUGCCUUCAUCAAUCACACACACACGCCCCUCCCAGCUCCCAUCCCCAUGUGCGCGCUCUCAAUGCCACUGCCCGCUCCACGCUCCCCUCUCUCUCUCUAGAUCACACGAGACCCGCCGCCGUCCCGCUCGCAUUCCCUGCCAGCUCCUCCGGCCGGAUCGCACCGCGCCGACCACCACCAGACACUCCAUUCCUCAGAGCCAUGAUCCUCCGCAGCGCGGCGGCUUUCGCGCUGCUGCUGCUGCUGCUCGCGUCCCCGGCGGCGACGGCGCAGGAGGGCGGCGGGGACGCCGUCUCCGAGCCGUACGCGUCGUCGCUGGCGACCCGCUUCGACGCGCCGCCGUCGUGGGCGUUCCCGAACGCUCGCCUCCGCGCGUCCUACGCCGCGCUGCAGGCGUGGAAGCGCACCGCCAUCUUCUCCGACCCGUCCAACUUCACCGCCAACUGGGUGGGGCCCAACGUCUGCGCCUACAACGGCGUCUUCUGCGCGCCACUCCCGGGCUCCCACCCCGGCGACGUCGUCGUCGCCGGGAUCGACCUCAACCACGCCGACAUCGCCGGGUACCUCCCGGCGUCGCUGCCGCUGGGCGUCCCCGACCUCGCACUCUUCCACAUCAACUCCAACCGCUUCUGCGGCGUCGUCCCACACACCUUUGCGCACCUCCACCUCCUCCACGAGCUUGACCUCAGCAACAACCGCUUCGUGGGCGGGUUCCCGGAGGUGGUGCUGUCGCUGCCGGCGCUCCGGUACCUCGACCUCCGCUUCAACGACUUCGAGGGCAGCAUCCCGCCGGCGCUCUUCGACCGCCCGCUCGACGCCAUCUUCCUCAACUCCAACCGCCUCCGCAACCCGAUCCCGGCCAACCUCGGCAACUCGCCGGCCUCCGUCGUCGUGCUCGCUCACAACCGCCUCGGCGGUUGCAUCCCGCCCAGCAUCGGACGGAUGGCCGACACGCUCAACGAGAUCGUGCUCAUCGACGACGAGCUCACGGGAUGCGUCCCGCCGCAGGUCGGCUUGCUCCGGAAGCUCACCGUCUUCGACGUCAGCGACAACCACCUGCAGGGGCAGCUCCCGGCUGCCAUCGUGAACAUGGCUGCUGUCGAGGAGCUCGACGUCGCACGCAACCGCUUCGAGGGCGCGGUGCCGGCCGGCGUCUGCGCGCUUGCCAGCCUCAGGAACUUCACCUACACCGACAACUUCUUCACCUCUCGCCCGCCUUGCGCCAAGGCCACCGCUGACGGCGCCUGGAAUUGCAUUCCCGGCGCGCCGGCGCAGCGCCCGCCGUCGCAGUGCGCGGCCGCCGCGGCGCACCCGUUCGACUGCAGCAAGGCGCAAUGCCAGGCAGCCCCGGGCGGCUACACCCCAACGCCGGGAGGCGGCGGAAGAGGUGGCCACGGAACCGGCAAGCGGCCGCCCACGCCGGUCUCGUCGCCUCCGAAAGGCACCUUCAUAGGGAGCCCGCCGCCAUCGUCUGCUACUCCCACUCCUUCCUACCCGUCGCCGCCGUCGAGCGCCACCACCCCCUCAUACCACUCGCCACCCAAGGGCUCCACCACCCCAUCGCCGCCUACGGGCUCCACCACUCCGUCAUACCCCUCGCCGCCGUCGAGCGCCACCACCCCGUCCUACCACACGCCGCCACCUCAGGGCUCACCCACCACCACGCCGUCCUUCCCCUCGCCGCCAUCGAGCGCCACCACCCCGUCAUACCACUCGCCACCUUCCCACGGGUCACCCACCACGCCAUCCUACCCGACACCACCCUUAAGCUCCAGCACGCCAUCCUACCACUCGCCGCCACACGGCGCACCGACCCCGUCCCACCCGUCGCCGCCGUCCGGCUCCUCCACAACUCCUCCAGUAACAACAACACACGCGCCGCCCCCGCCGACGUCCGCAGACGAGCCAGACGUGCGGUACGCGCCGCCACCGACCUCCUACAGCCCGAACCCCACAACGCCACCAACCCACUCCCACGGUUCGCCGUCGCCUCCCUCCACGGGGUCCCACCAGCCCCCGUCCUCCGGCCACCCCACCACGCCGUCGGCACCAACGGCGGAACACCCCGGCUACGCCCUGCCGCCGCACGCCCCGGGGACCGGGACCCCCUCGUCGACACCGUCGCACCCCACCACCCCCUCCUCGGGAACGCCGUCGUCCUCGCAUUGCUCGCCGCCGCCUUCUCAGGGCGGGAGCCCCGGCACCGGCACCGGCGGGCACCAUCCGGGCGGCGGCAAGCUGCCGUUCCCACCGGUGUACGGCGUGUCGUACGCGUCGCCGCCGCCGCCGGGGAAGCCGUACUACUAAACCACCUUGACCGCGCUCGCCCGCGCUGCCUCGCCGUCGCCGGAGUAUAAUACUUUUCACCCGCCAGUAUAAUACUUCUCCAUGCAUCCAUGUAGUAUUUUUUUUCUUGGAUUCUUUUUUUUUUGUUUCUUUGAUGAUGCGUAUUUGAUCAAAUUGAAUCAAAGAGUUGCUAUGUAUUGAUUCUUUUUCUUCCUCCUCCCUCCAGCUCCUCACCGAAUGAAUUUAUUAAUUAUUUUCAAGAUA